AUGUCCCACCCUGAGACGAUGUUCGCUAAGAACGAUGAACUUGAGCUAGAGAGAGCCGAGGAUGCGCCAUAUGGCGACUAUAUCAAUGUGAAAGGCAGAGACAAGGCCCUGGACUUGCUCGCAAAUAGUGCUGUCUCCUUCGACCCCAACUCGCCGGAAGCGAGACGACUUAUGGACAAGAACAGUCUGUCAUUUGCUGCAAUCAUGGGAGUCAAAGAAGACACCAACCUAACGUCUAGUCAAUACUCGUGGCUAGGCUCACUAGUUUAUUUUGGCUAUCUGGGUGGUGAUAUACCCGCCACCUACCUCAUGCAACGCGUCUCUUUGUCCAAAUAUCUCUCUGUUAUGUGCAUGAUAUGGGGUGUGAUAGUCGCACUUCAUGCAGUCUGCCAUGACUUUUCCAGUCUAGCUGCAGUUCGAUUCUUCUUAGGCGCCAUUGAGGUCUCUACAGUUCCGGUGGCUAUUUACAUCACCGGCGCCUUCUAUACCAAGGAAGAGCAAGUCACACGAGUCGCACUGUGGUACACUACUUCUGGAUGGGCAGCUGUCUUCGGUGGUUUCUUUGCAUGGGCUAUUUAUCAUGCAAGCAGCUUCAGAUGGCAAGGACUUUUCGUGCUAUAUGGGUCCAUGACUUUCGUGACUGGAGUUUUCUUAUAUUUCUUCCUUGCCGCCUCGCCGACCGACGCCAAGUGGUUGACUGAAGAAGAAAAAGUCAUUGCUCUUGAGCGCGUGCGAGAGAAUAAAACUGGUACAGAAGUUUGGGAAUUCAGCUGGCCACAACUCAGAGAAGCGCUAUUGGAUGUUCGGUUAUAUCUGAUCUUUCUUUUGCUGGUGGCAUCGGGAAUGCCCAACGGUGGCUUAACUGCCUUCGGACCAACAAUUGUGACUGGAUUUGGCUAUGAUGUGCCUACAACACAACUUUUGAACAUGGGCUCUGGUGCGUCUCAAGUGGCCGGCACAUUCCUUGCACUGUUUGUUGCCAAGAAAACUAGCCGCACCUUUGCUGCUAUAUUCACGCUUUUUCUCGCUUGUGUGGGCUGUGCCAUGAUGCUUGGUAUACCUAGUAGCAACACCGGUGCUCGCUAUGGUGGAUACGUCUUGGUUUACCAAUCUGGGAGUACCAAGAAAUUUGCUUUCGGCUGUGUCUACCAACUAGGUUAUGCAGUUGGCAAUAUCAUUGGCCCUCAAACAUACAGAGCCAAGGAUGCGCCCAAUUACUAUCCUGCAAAAUACACUAUGCUCGCAUUCUUCAUCGUCAACGCGAUUCUCAUUGGACUUUAUGGGCUUAUUCACUACACCUGGAACAAGAAAAGAGAAGAUCAAGACAGGACACAACCAGAAGAUGGGCCUCAGGCCAUGGAGAACGAAGAGUUUAUGGAUUUGACCGACUUCCAGUUAAGGUCUUUCCGAUAUCCAAUUUAG